AUGUCAAACCUAACCAGAUCCGAGCGGUCGGCUGCCCGUGCCACUCGGGAUGAGCUCUCAGAUGAAGAGAACGAGUUGGACAUGUCGUAUGAAGAAGAGCGGUUGGAGAAUAUCAAAAACAACGCAGCCCUGUUAGCAUCAUUAGGUCUUAGCUCGGUAUCUCUUCCGACGUUGAAACCACGUAAUCAACCUGAUCAAACGAAGAGAUCUACAGUGGUGAAGAAAGAAAAAAUAGAGUAUCCUGAACCUAGUCGAAGGAGCGGAAGGGUAGCAGCUUUGCAGGAGAUAGGACCUGAAAGAACACAUUCACGCUCAAAUUCCCUUCACUCCACUCCUUCUCCUUCUCCUUCUCGUAAAAACCCUCUGCCGAAAGCAGUCGCCCCGAUCAUACCAUCCGGACCUACUUACAACUCAACAGAAUUACAAAGAGCUUCGAGACCAAGAAGGAAAGUAGAUGGUAGUUUGAUAUUCGAAGGUAGAUGGGAAAACAUUUUCAAACCUAACAUUACACCUGAAGAAAUGUUUACCGGUGGAGCUUUCGGAGGAGGUUUCUUUUGUAAUACAUAUUCUCGUAUUCUUCAUCAACCACUUUCAUCACAAGAAGAUCUCGCAAAACUUCCUUUUACCGUGACAGAUUCAGAUAGAUUAUUGAUCAAUGAUUUACCUGAUGGUCAAGUGAAUAGGUUCAAAGUACGUGCUGGUCAAAGUUUACAAGAAUGGGAAAAAGCAGGUUGGAUUUGGAGUGGGGAUCCUAGAGGUUGGGCUGAAUGGUAUGUUAAGUUUUGGGAUGGUAGGAGGUGUGAAGAUGAUGAACGACAAAUUAGACGUUGGCUCAAAGUUGCCGGUCCAACAGGUCGUUUCAAACGUGCUUUAGUAAAGAAAAUCCAUUCUUCAGGUGGACGUUCAGUAGCGGAGGAUGAAGAUGUAGGGAGGACUUUGAGACAAUGUCUUUGGCAAUGGGGAUAUCAAUUGACUUUGGAAGAAUAUGAUUUGGCCAUUGCUGGGGAAGGAUAA